AUGCAUAUUCGUUUUCAUAAUCAUAGAUUAAUAGGUGAUGAAUAUGAUUUAAAACUAAUAUCUAAUAGAGAUAAUCUUCCAAUAUUAUUUAAUAUAAUUCAAUAUGAUGAAUCACAUUAUACUGAACAUAGUUUUAAUUCUUUAUCAGAAUUAAAUGGAUUUCUUGCAAAAACACCAUGUUCUAGUAAAGAUUAUUGUACAUGGAUGAAUGUUGAAGGUAUUCAUCGAACAGAUAUUCUUGAUGAAUUAUCAAAUCGUUUUAAUCUUCAUGCAUUAACUAAAGAAGAUAUUUAUACAAUAAAUGAACGUAUGAAACUUGAUUUACUUGAUAAUGGUUCAUGUAUUUAUUUAUUAAUGAAAAUGAUUUAUGUUCAUCCUAAUACAGAACAUAUUCAUCAAGAACAAAUAUCAUUUAUAUUAAAAGAAAAUAAUUUUCUAAUUACAUUUCAAGAAGCUAAAGAUGAAUUAAAUUCAAUUGAUAUAUUUCAAAUAGUUAAAAAUCGUUUAAAAAAUAAUCGUGGAAGAAUACGUUCAUUAAAAAUAGAUUAUUUAUUUUAUUGUCUUAUUGAUGUUCUUAUUGAAAAUUAUAUGUUUUUUCUUGAUCGUAUUAGUAAUAAAAUUGAUACAAUCGAUAAAUUAUUAAUGAAUAAAUUAAAACCAAAUAAUGUUGAGAUUUCAUCACAUCAUUUUAAUUCUGAAACACUUACAUUAAUUUAUGAUAUUAAACAUGAUAUGUUAAGUUUUAGAAUAUUAUGUCAACCAUUAAGAGAAAUUAUUAUUAAAUUACAAAAAGCACAAGAUAGAAUAUCUCUCACCAAUCAAGUUGUUCAAUAUCGACGACAAUAUCGAAGAAAAAAGCGACCAAAACGUAUCACAUUAUCUGGGUAUUAUUUUUUUAAUCCAAAUUCCGAUUCUCUUACUCAUCGUUGGUCACAUGGAAAUAUUCAAGAAAAAGCUCCGUUAUUUAAUGAAUAUAUUUUUAUGUAUUUUAAAGACCUUAAUGACCAUAUUAUACUAUUACAUGAUCGCAUUGAUACAUAUUGUGAUCUAUUAUCAAGUUUAAUAUCAUUUUAUGUUAUACUUAAUGAGGCUGAAAUGAAUAGAAUAAUGACAUUUCUUACUUUAGUUUCGAUUAUUUUUAUUCCAUUAACAUUUUUUUGUGGAUUAUUUUCAAUGAAUUUUAAUAAUACGCCACCAUUAAUAUGGUAUUAUGGAUAUUUUCUUAUUUUAGCUAUUUUAGGAGCUUGUGCAAUGCUUACAAUUACUUAUUUUAAAUGGAAAAAAUGGUUAUAA